AUGGCAGCCAGGACGUUGGCACUGCUCCCGUUGGCGGGUAUAGUGGGCUGGAGUGCGAAUGCAAAGCUCAUUCGGAUGCGCCACGACAUGCGCGCUCCUCCUGGUGGUGAAUCGCUCGAGUUUAUUACGGGCUCGAUGGACGACACCAUCAUGGAGACUCUCGAGACGGGCGACCUCAUUUUCUUCCAGCGCAAACUGACGGCGAUGCAGCCUCUUGCGGCGUUGCACACAUGGAUCAGUCGACUGCAGCUGCAGCCGCGCUUUGAUCACUGUGGCUGGGUCUACGUGGAUCGAUUGGGCCGCAAGUUUAUUGUGGAGGAGACGCUGGACAAGGUGCAGUGUCGUCCGUACAGCGCCCGUUUGCUCACGUCCGAAGCGAUUGAGAUCUCCGUCUUGACACUAAAGCUUCAGCGAUCGAAGGAGAUGCAAGAGGCUGCUAGCACUUUUAUUGCUGAGAACGCGGGCCGAGCGAGUCGAAUCUCGUUGCUUCACACGGUCUAUGCGCUGAUUAGCCCUGACAAGAUGUACAAAGUGUGCUCCAAUGCAUCACCUUUGUUUCCAUCAGCAGCUUUCGUGGUCGAAGCCUAUGAUGCCAUGGGGUUAGUGGACAAGAAUCACCUGAAUGACAACCGACCACCGUUAUCGGCUGCUGUCGUCACACCACGCGACUUGGCAGCAACUAAAGUCAAACUGCAGAUGCCAAUUGGAAAGCGAUCGGGUGGAGCCAAAGAUCCAGCUUUUGGCCGCUUGCUCCCGAUCAGGCUCCAGUAG